UUGCUAACGAACUGUAACAUACUGCACCACACUACACCGCAGCAACGCCUUCUCGACCAAAUCUUUUGCUUUUCAACCACGACGACCAUGGCCGGUUCAGAGUAUGAAGAUGCAGCAUCGCAGCCGUCUACUCCGGUAGACGACAAACGGUCCGAGGCUUCUGCCGAUCCUGUCGUCAAGUCGUGUCCCAUUUUCUUCUCGCCCGCCUUACGAAACAACAUUAUUCUCAACCAGUACCCUCUUCGGUCCGCUAAUCGUCCCUACAACACUCAGACGGGCGAGGUGGCCACCGGUGUUCGGAUUAAGCCCAAAACCGGCUGGAUGGAGGUCGACAUGCCCCUCCUUACGAGCAAGUACUACGAUCCCGAAAAAGCUACUCGGUUCGGAUCCGAGGAACAGCCCUUAAACCAGCAGGUGCUGUCGAGUCGUCUGCAGCCACCAGCAACAAAACUCAUGGUCGGCGUUUUCCGUAACGGCCAACUCCACAUCGUCCCCGUCCGUGGCAUCUCCCAGCUGCGGCCUACUUUACGUCAUGUUGAUGAAAAAUCGAAGCGAGCACGUGACAUCGCUAAUAGCAGUGUAACGCGCGCACAGGCCCCUGCACGUGAGCCGGCACGUGCGGUUCAGGUGACAGUCAAGCAAAACACAGAAGCACCCAAGCUUUCAACGACUCCCAUCAUUCGAGCCACAGAGGGCGAAGCAUGGGUGGACUACAGCAUUGGAGACGUCGAGGGCGCUACGUCGCUUCUGCGGCAACUCGAGUGCCCUGCCGAGCACCAGCUUGUUCAGUGCACUCCAAAAUAGUUCGCGUCGCAUGUCGCAUUUCAUCCCUUUCCGAAUCCGUCCAGUAAAAAAAUAAACAAUACACAUGUUCGCCUCCUCCGCAAUUUAGCUCCCCCCUGAUUGGACCCCACGACACAAUAAGCAUCGCCUUACCGCCACCAUCCCUGAGCACCCCACACAUCCUCGUUCUAGGCAUUUUA